GCUCGGUGUUAACCGCAGUAGUCACUCCAGAAAAAGGGAAGUAAGAAAAGUACAUAUUGUCAUCCAGAAAUUAAAAUAUUCCAGGGAUUUCUCCUAAAAUUCAUCACUGCAACAAAAAGGAUAUUUAACUAAGAGCAAUGUUAAACUGCUGAAAGAGGUGAAGCACAAGACAUCCUGAAGAAUCUCCAAAACACGCAGAAAUAGUUUGAUACGUUUAACAGAUAAACAAAGCAAAGUCCCGACAUGGAGAAACAUCACCAGCGCAUUCACACAGGAGAUAAACCGUAUAACUGCUCAGACUGUGGGAAGACUUUUACUCAACAGAGUAAUCUCAAAAAACACCAGCGCAUUCACACAGGAGAGAAACCGUAUUACUGCUCAGACUGUGGGAAGAGUUUUAAUCUACAGAGUACUCUCAAAAUACACCAGCGCAUUCACACUGGAGAGAAACCGUAUCACUGCUCAGACUGUGGGAAGAGUUUUAAUCUACAGAGUACUCUCAAAAUACACCAACGCAUUCACACAGGAGAGAAACCGUAUCACUGCUCAGACUGUGGGAAGAGUUUUACUAAACAGAGUACUCUCAAAAUACACCAGCGCAUUCACACUGGAGAGAAACCAUAUCACUGCUCAGACUGUGGGAAUAGUUUUAAUCUACAGAGUACUCUCAAAAUACAUCAGCGCAUUCACACAGGAGAGAAACCGUAUCACUGCUCAGACUGCGGGAAGAGAUUUACUACACAGAGUCAAUUCAAAAUUCACCAACGCACUCACACAGGAGAGAAACCAUAUUACUGCUCAGACUGUGGGAAGAGUUUUAAUCAAGAGGGUCAUCUCAAACGACACCAGCGCAUUCACACAGGAGAGAAACCGUAUCACUGCUCAGACUGUGGGAAGAGUUUUAAUCGACAGAGUAAUCUCCAAAAACACCAGCGCAUUCACACAGGAGUGAAACCAUAUCACUGCUCAGACUGUGGGAAGAGUUUUAAUCAACUGAAUUAUCUUAAAAAUCACCAGCGCAUUCACACAGGAGAGAUAACUGUCCCAGAUGUGUUUCACUGCAAAAAAAAAAGUGCAAAUUCUAAAUCCUAAAUUCCAAAUUCUUUGACAGCCAAAACACCUUAUUCCACUCAGAAUCUUCACUCUGUCACUUGAGACACAUUCCACCAGAAACAAACAAGAGACUGAUAUAAACAAUGGCUUUUACAGAUUCAGCAAAAUGAAUCUUAUCUGGGGAUGUUGUUUAAUGUAUUCCAUUAUAUGUUUUCCCCAGACAUGUAUAAAGAACUAGAGACCCAGACUUAAGUAAAAGUACAAGUAUAUUUCAUUAGUAGUUGAAGUGUUCUUUAAGCAUCAUACUUAAGUACUACUUAUGUAUUGCAAGUAGUUUUUUUCUACAUGUUCUAAUCUAGUACUGUAAUGUGUAGUGAUGUGUUAUGUAGAGAUUACAGAAAAAACUCAACUUUGAAUAUCAUCUUGUUUAUAUUAUUUCAAAUGUUUAGGCUAAAGGACUAUUUUCCUCUGGCUGAAACAACAGCACAAGAACAGGAAUGCACAGGAUAGAGUACAUUUACAUGAAGUCUUAAAUUAACUUUUUGUGUUGAACACACAGCAAACUCAGCCACACUGCCCUCCCUUAAAAAACAUGGACUGUAAAUGAAUUUGAGAAGUGUCUCCAGGGGGAGGUUGAGCAUCAUAUCAGUAGUGAAGUAAAAAUAAUACUCCAGUAGAUACAGGUACAGCAUUUUGGUAGUUAAGUACAGUGGUAAAGUAGUUCUGCUUGUUACUAUAUAUCUCUGCUAACACCAGCAUGAUCUGUUGGGUCUUUUCCAAGAAUAAAUAAAAGUGAUAAUGCUAGUUUACAGUAAAAUCCUUUCUUGGACACUUCACUAAUUUACAGGUUCUGCAUUAGCCUUUAGAACUAAUAAUAUUUAACAUUUAAAGAGCGUGGAUUUCAGAAUUCCAGGACAUUUGUAGUUUAAAAAUUGAGUAUGAUUUGCCAUAAGGAGGAAAGAAUAUUUUGGUAAAUGUAUAUUUCAUCCCCAGCCUUAACAGAUUCUCAUUUGUUUGUAAAUGUAAACCUUUUCAUUUUAUUUUCUCCAAUUCUGUUCAUUUAUUUACCUUGCACAGGUGUAUUGUGUCACCCUGUUUAAUGUUGUUCAAAAGGAGUCUUUGUUUUUGCUGGUUAAAAUAUGAAUGUAUUUUUUGACCUUCGUGGAAUUAUGUGUUUUGUUUUGAUUAAUCAAAUUUAAUCAUUAAGUGUUUUUUUUAGAACAUAUGGUAGAUUUCUGAUUCUGUAAUCCACAUAGUUGAUCAAAGUUCCUUUGGGACAAGCAGUUAGCCAGGUCAAAUUUAAAUUACUAAUGAACCAAUAAAAGUACAUUCAUGUAGGUUU